AUGUCUCAGUCGGAGGAGUCGAGUGACAUUAAGCAAUUGAGAAGACAACGCGCUAAUGCUAAAGCUCAAGUGAAGCGCACAUUAUCAUACUUAUAUGACCACGAAGACAUGUCUAUCUCGGCGUUAGAAAUACGGCAAUUUAAAUUAGAACAAAUCUUUAAUACAUUUUCGGAAGUGCAAACUGCAAUAGAGGUUAGAGACGAAACUUCGGAUUCCACAGUAGAAUGGGAAUCAUUUGAACAACAAUAUUAUAGAGCCGCGGAAGUGAUUGGCGAGAGGUUAAAACAUUUGUGCGAUAACAUUCAACCCGUUCCUACGAAUAGAGUAGUAGCAGAAUCGCCGAGCACGGUAAAGCCAACUAGUUCACUUCUACGUAAGAUCGAGAUCAGGCCAUUCGACGGCAACCCAAUAGAAUGGCAUAGUUUUCAUGAUACUUUUAAGUCCUUAGUACACGAUAACGAGGAGUUAAUCGGGGUUCAAAAAUUCCAUCUUUUGAAAAAUGCCCUUCGCGGAGAGGCUUCCGCAAUAAUUGAAUCAUUGAACGCGACAGAAGGUAAUUAUUUGGUGGCUUGGGAUUUACUACGAAAGCGAUGUAAUAAACCGAGGAAAAUUAUCAAUGCCCAUUUGAAACUUUUGUUCGAUUUGCCGGAAAUUACUCGCGACACACCGUCAAGCCUUAGACAAUUAGCUGAGCAGGCUCAAGUACACGUUAACGCGUUGCAGGCCGUAAAACAACCCACCAAGUACUGGGAUACGAUUUUGAUACACCUAGUUUCGAAUAAAUUAGAUAAGAAUACUCGUCGCUCGUGGGAGCGUACCUUAGAAGAUGAAGAAAUUCCUCGAUUCCAGCAGUUGUUAGAUUUUAUUAACAAGCAUGCACGAGGGGAUGACUUGGGAAUGGAAUUUUCAAAUCCAUUCAAGACACAGGGUAUACAGGAUAGAUUGCGCUCGAAAACACAAGUUCGCGGUCAAUCAUACGUAGCGACAGAUGAGCGGAAACAAGUUUGCGUCGUUUGCCAGGGAGGACACCCAAUUUAUAUGUGCACUAAAUUCUUACAAUUGUCGGUUCGCGAUCGUCUAAAUACAGUGAAGCGGACGAAGCUAUGUUUAAAUUGCCUGCGUCCAAAUCAUACGGUUAUUAAUUGCCGAUUAGGGAAUUGUCGCAAAUGCGACAAGAAACAUCACACGUUAUUGCAUUUUCCGACCGAACCUCAAGGAGUGAGGGACAAUAAUGAACCUUUAUCCACCCCUUCGACAUCUGCAAAUACAGUAAAAACAGCUUUAACGGUCUCAUAUGAUUCAGAGAUAUUACUUGGUACAGCUCAAAUCACAAUUUUAGAUAAAUACAGUAAGGAGCACACCUGUCGCGUACUACUCGAUAGCGGUUCCCAGACACAUUUCAUUACACAACGACUUGCAGAAUUAUUACAAUUAGAGAAAGGUAAAAUAGAUCUUUCGUUUUCUGGUUUAGGGCAGCUUAAUACACAAGCAAAGUACGUAGUCAAGACAGGUAUAAAAUCAAAGACCAGUCCCUUUAGAGCACAGGUAAAAUUUAUUGCGUUACCAUCGAUUACGGGUAGGCUACCGUUAAGACAAAUUGACAUAAGUGAUUUAGAAUUACCAAGACACAUACAGUUAGCGGACCCAGCAUUCCAUAUACCAGGAGAGAUAGAUGCACUCAUUGGGAAUGCACUAUUCUAUGAUUUAUUAGAGACGGGUCAGAUUAAACUAAACAAAUCUUCUAUCAUUUUACAAAACACACAGGUAGGAUGGAUUGUUACCGGGGAGGUAGAUAGUAAAAGGCGGAAUAAUUCACAUAAAGCUAAUAGAUUUUGUCAUUUAGCCACGUCCCUUGAUACACAAAUCAAUCGUUUCUGGGAGAUGGAAGAAAUUCCACAGCAAAAUUUCUUAUCCGCGGAAGAAAGGGAAUGCGAAGCCCAUUUUGUAGAAAAUACGACACGUAAUGAACAAGGACGCUAUAUGGUAAGGUUACCGUUCAAUGAUAGGCGUAGUCUUCUUGGCGAUUCAAAGGCAAUGGCCUUAAAACGUUUCUACAAUUUAGAGCGCAAAUUACAAAUACAAACAGAAUUGAAAACACAGUAUACAGAAUUUCUAAAAGAGUAUUCAAAAUUAGGUCACAUGACGGAAGUGAAAGACGAUAAUAACUUAGGAUAUUAUCUACCGCACCACGCGGUUAUAAAAGAAUCGAGUUCGACCACAAAGGUUAGGGUAGUAUUCGAUGCCUCAGCAAAAACUAGUUCGGGACUGUCUUUGAAUGACACAUUAUUAAUCGGGCCUACGAUACAAAACACAUUGUUUUCUAUACUUAUUCGUUUUCGCCAACACACAUUCGUUCUCACAGCAGACAUUGAAAAAAUGUUUAGGCAAAUUAUAGUGCAUCCUGAUGAUAGAGACUAUCAAAAAAUUGUAUGGCGAGAUUCAAUAAAUGACGCGAUUAGAACAUUUAAAUUAAACACGGUCACGUACGGUACCACGCCUGCACCAUUUUUGGCUACGCGGUCACUUAAACAAUUAGCUCUAGAUGAGGCAAAAAGUUAUCCCAUAGCGUCAGAAAUAUUUUUAAAGGAUUUUUAUAUCGACGAUUUGCUAACUGGAGCCGAUAAUUUCGAAGCCGCGCUAGAGAUUAAAACUCAAUGUUUGGAGUUGGCUAAGGCAGGAGGUUUCCAUUUGCGACAGUGGGCUUCCAAUGAUACAAGAUUGGCUACUGAGAUGCAAGUCAAUACGCAACAAGCAUCAUUAUGUCUAGAUCCAACAGAAACAAGAAAAACGCUAGGGAUUUAUUGGACUACAAUAGACGAUAAAAUUAGUUAUAUUUUCAAACAGAGGGCGGCCGAGCAGUCUCGCAUCACCAAGAGAGUGCUUUUGUCGCAAAUCGCGCAAUUGUUUGACCCCCUUGGUUUGCUUGGCCCGGUAAUUAUAAAAGCAAAAAUAAUUAUGCAACAAUUGUGGAAGUCGGCGAUUGACUGGGAUGAUCUCGUUCCUCAGUCAAUAAAACAAGCUUGGCUAGAAAUAAAAGAUGAAUUGUGUCUCUUAAAUAAUUUUACUGUGCCACGCCGAAUCGCGAUACACGAAACAAUAGAUUUAGAAUUGCACGGUUUUAGUGAUGCGAGUCCAUUAAUGUGUUCGGAAAUUCAAGAGGCACACCUUCGCGUCAUUAAAUUAGUUCAAUUAGAAAGUUUUUCAAAAGAAUUGAGGAAGUUAGAAAACGGCAAGAGUCUCAGUAAGAAGAGCAGGCUAAGCAAUUUAAAUCCGUUCAUGGACGACAAGGGCCUUAUUAGGGUCGGCAGCAGGCUGACACACGUUCAGCUCAGGUAUAAUUCAAAGUACCCCAUAGUUUUGCCGCACAAACACCACAUCACGGAGCUAAUAAUUAGGCAGGCCACGCAUUUAGAAUUGGCUACCGAUUUGACCACGGAGUCGUGUCUAGGAGCGCUUAAAAGAUUCCUCGCGAGAAGAGGAAAACCGCGCCAUAUAUAUUCUGACAAUGGCACCAAUUUCAUAGGUGCUAAAAACGAAAUUAUACAAGCUCAGGCGUUCCUAUCGUCCAACGAAUACAAAGAUAAGUUUCGGCAGUUCCUAACGCAAGAAAAUAUUGAAUGGCAUUUGUCUCCUCUCCGUUCCCCACAUUUUGGUGGUCUCUGGGAGGCUGCCGUUAAAUCUUUUAAAAGACAUUUACAUAAAACAAUAGGUGAUGCCACCUUCACAUAUGAGCAGUUUUACACUCUAAUUGUUGAGAUCGAAGCUAUACUCAAUUCACGCCCCUUAACACCUUUAUCCUCUGAUCCCAACGACUUCCUUGCCUUAUCGCCCAGUCAUUUCCUUAUAGGUGAUUCGUUGGCAUGUUUGCCGGAGCACGAUUUAGUGGAUAUACAGAUUAACAAACUGUCACUCUGGCAGCACAUUCAAAAAAUUAAGCAGCACUUUUGGAAAAGGUGGCAAGUAGAAUAUUUACAGGAGUUGCACACCAGGAGCAAAUGGCACACGGGAAAUAAUACAGGAAUCAAGGAGGGCAUCCUGGUGUCGAUCAAAGAUGCCAAUUCUCCACCACUUCAAUGGCAACUCGGGCGAGUAGUUGCUGUUCACCCCGGAGAAGACAACGUAGUGCGUGUGGUCACGGUUCGAACUCCGCACAGCACUUACAAGCGCGCAUUGAAAAAUUUAGCGCCGUUACCUAUUGAACCAGAGUAG